AUGCCCGCGGCCCGCAGCGUCCUCAUCUUGGCGGGGCUCCUGGCUCUGUGGGCAGAGCUGUCGGCAGCAUCCGCCCAGAAUGACACCACCAAAGCCGGCGUGUGCCCCAGCCCGGCGACGGAUGCGGUGAACUGCACGGUGGGGUGCCAGUCCGAUGGCGACUGCGAGAGCACCCUCAAGUGCUGCCCGGCAGCCUGCGGCAAGGCCUGCCAGAAGCCUGACGAGAAGCCUGGCACCUGCCCACCCGUCAACCCGGGCAUCCCCAUGCUGGGCAUCUGCUCCAACCAGUGCAAGACCGAUGCCAACUGCUCCGGGAUCCAGAAGUGUUGCAGGAAUGGCUGUGGCAAGGUCUCCUGUGUGACACCCAUCCAGUGA